GCAAUUUGCUUUAGGCAUAAAUCUCCAUCUCCAUCGAAUCUCUACACUUUGGUCUAGAAAGUUGAGUUGACAUGGACAAUUAUACUAGGCAAAAGAACCCCAAAGAACCAGAAGUUGUACCUGCAAAAGCUAUAGAUUUGGAGUCCAUGGAGACCGAGGAUAUGAUAUGUUCUUUUUCUCGAUUCACGAUUGUCUUACAAUGUCUUUGUUGUUCAUUAGAAUAUGUUAAAACGGGGGUUGGGUUGGUCAGAUGUGAUAAAAAUGGUCUUGAUGAGGUGUUUACUAAUGCUGGUGGAAGUAGGAUUAAUGAGGUUGAGGUGGGUAAUAAUGUUGGUGAAAGAAAUAAUGGUGAAGAAGGAGAGGUCCAAAAUGAUGUUAGGGUACAAAUUGAUGGAUGUGAAGAGGUUGAGGAAGCUCAGUAUGAAGGUGGCCUUAAAGAUGUCCUUGAGUUGUCUAAUAAUGAUGUUGAAGAGAUUGUUCUAGCAAGGGAUAAUCUAAGGAAUUUUAGAGCAAAUCAACUUAGGGAGUUCAAGAUGAAGAUGCUGGAGAUCCAAUCUGAUGAUGAAGUGAGUUACAUCUCCACAAGUAAUGAAGAGGAUGAGGAAGCAGAUCAUGGUAGGAAAAGGAAAGCUAGACACAAAGUGUUUAAAGCAAUUGACGGCAUUCUAGAAAUUGAGCUUAGCAUGAUAUUCUUGAACAGGAAACAAUUCAAGAAGGCUGUGGAUCAAUUAAGCAUCAGACAAGGGAGAGAGAUUGCAAGGAAAAAGAAUGACAAUAAAAGGAUGAGGGUAGUAUGUAAUGAUCAGAGUUGUAAGUGAAGGAUGCUAUUGGCAUUUGACAAUCCUAUUGAGUCUUGGAUGGUAAAAACCUUCAGUCCUAAUCACAUAUGUAUAAUGAGUGUUACCAACAAAGUUUGCACAUCUUCUAUUGCUGCCUAGCAUUUGGUAAAGACAAAAGGAGCAACUAGUCUACGUUUCAAUAAAGAAGACAUUUUUAU